AUGUCGCGAUUGUUCAAGCGCGGGCGCACGCCUUCGGAUGCCUCGUCGCAUCAGCAGCGGCUGCCCUUGUCCAAUGACGAGCAGCAGCAGCAGCAGCAGCAGCAGGAAGAGGGCGAGACACAGGACUGUGCUCCGCGCUCCACCGGCCACACGUCAAGAGCGCGCUCCAUCACUUCGGCCUCGGCCCUCUCAUCCUCGUACAAGACGCCCAGCAGGUCCUACAUCCACCAUGCUGCCCAUCCCUAUCAAGAACCACUCCACUAUUCCUCCUCAGGCGUGCGCGAACAGACUGCCGAACUCUCGUCUUCUUUCCUAGGCGACCCGGAUACACAGCGAUCUUCGCAACCACCGAACCGCUUCUCGCAGGACUCGUCGGCCCACCGUAGAAGCUUCGAUUCCGCUUCCUCGCCCAGGCAAUCGCUCGACCUUGGCCAGCACCGAAAGAGCGUGGAUUCAGAAAGAUCUUUGGGUGACGAUGAAAGGCUGCAGAAGGGACAAACACGGCCGGAGGUGAUUCAAGAGCAAAGUGAGCCCGUCUCGCCAGAGGUUUCGUCUGCCAAUCUGCCCGACAUGCUGUUGCAACAGAAUGGCCAAUUGCGCCCACGCCCUCGGCCCUACAGCGAUGUACCUAGUCUGGUCGUCAGUGAAGCCGGCGAAGAAGACGACAACGAAGAGACGCCUCUGUUUGGCAGGAGAUCGUCGAGAAGAGCAUCGGCCUACAAGACUCUGGACGGCAACCACGAUUCGGGCGACGAUUCGGAAGACAUCGAGAGCCAGCGACUGCCGCGAGUCCGCUCAUGGCAGACGCUACAACACGCCUAUCCCUCCAUACGCAAGGUGGCCGUCGACGGCUACCGUGUUGCGACGCAUCCCAAAGAGUGGGACAUGCAAGAGGUCUUCAAAAUGGUCGUCGUCAAGCCAGCUCUGGUCAUGCCCUCGGUCUUUCUCGGAGUCCUCCUCAACCUCCUGGACGCACUGUCUUAUGGCAUCAUCCUCUUCCCUCUUGGAGAGGAAGUCUUCUCCAGCAUGGGUGCUGAUGGUGUCUCCAUGUUUUACGUCAGUUGUAUCACUGCUCAACUCACCUAUUCCAGCGGCUCCAUCUUCAGCGGAGGUGUCGGCUCAGAGAUGAUCGAAGUCGUGCCUUUCUUCCACAAAAUGACUUACAUGAUCAUGGGACGUAUGGGCACCGGCAAUCCCGAUGCUCUCAGAGCGACUGUAAUUACUUCUUACGCCAUGAGCUCUAUUCUUACUGGUCUGGUCUUUCUCGGUCUUGGUGCUGCCAAGCUGGGCACGCUCGUCAACUUCUUCCCUCACAGCAUUCUCACUGGAUGUAUCGGCGGUGUGGGUAUCUUCCUGUUCGUCACUGGCAUCGAGGUUUCGGCAAGACUCGACGGCAACCUUGAGUUUACCGCCGCCGUCCUUCACAAGCUCUUCCAAGCAGACACCAUCGUGCUCUGGCUACCCCCUCUUUUCCUCGCCAUUCUUCUAUUGACCGUCAAGCAUUACUACGACCGACCAUGGCUCGUCCCUGCAUACUACAUUGCUAUCACCGCCAUCUUCUACAUUGUCGUCGCUGCAGUCCCCGACCUUGGUAUGGAGACUUUACGCCGCAAGGGCUGGGUCUUUGACGCCCCUCAGGCCGGUCUACCAUUCUACAACUUCUACAGCCAUUACAAGUUCCACCUGGUAGACUGGAGUGCCAUCUGGAUGACUGUCCCUACUCAAUUUGCCCUAACCUUCUUUGGUAUCCUGCAUGUUCCCAUCAACGUGCCCAACUUGGCUAUCGUUGUUCAGGAAGACAACGUCAGUGUCAACAGAGAACUCAUCAUGCACGGCAUCUCAAACACUCUCUCUGGUUGUGUUGGUAGUAUCCAGAACUACCUCGCUUUUGUCAACAGUGUGCUUUUCAUCGAGACUGGAGGUAACAGCCGUCUUGCUGGAUACAUGUUGACUCUCGCCACUUUUGGUCUCCUCGUCGCUGGUCCCGUCGUCAUCGGUUAUGUGCCGGUCAUGGUCGUUGGUACCUUGAUCUACAUGCUUGGUAUUGACCUUGCUCAGGAGGCCAUCUGGGCAACCUACGGAAGACUUCACCGUCUCGAGUAUGCCACCAUCGUCAUCAUCUCCCUAGUCAUGGGAGCUUACGAUUUCGUCGUUGGUAUCGCUGUCGGAAUUGGUCUUGCUUGUCUCGUCUACGUCGUGCAAACAUCGCGCAAGACUGUCAUUCGCGCAGAGUUCUCUGGCGCAGUGGCCGAGUCGACCGUUCGUCGUCACCCACGUCAACGCGAAUACCUUCACAAAGUCGGUCCUCAGAUUAGAGUGGUGAAGCUUGGAGGAUAUCUCUUCUUUGGCAGUAUUGUCAAGGUGGAGAAAAAGGUCAGAGCUCUGAUAGAAGCAGAAGCUUUCGCCGCAGAACCCAUCCGCUAUCUCAUUCUGGAUUUUUCUCACGUUGCCGGUAUUGACUUUUCGGCUGCCGAGGCUUUCAACCGUAUGAACCGUAUCUUGCAUCGUCGCGAUGUGACGCUCGCUCUUGCUGCUGUCAGCCUUGAGGGUGAGAUUGGCAAGAGUCUGCAAAUGGUUGGCCUCUUCGAAGAUCCCGUCGAAGACUCUACAAUCCCACCACCAAAGGUGUUUGAAGAUCUCAACGGCGCACUGGAAGCAUGUGAGAAUGAGAUGCUGGUAAUUCUCUCCGAUAAGCAACGCAUCGAAGCCAUGCAACAACAGAAAGAAAGCUCUGCCGAAAACAUCGACAUCCCCUCUCCCACCCAACUCAGCCCCCAAACACCCGCCUCUGCAGACAUGAGUGUAGGCAGCCCUCGACGAAAUUUCCUACACCAAGCCGCCACGACCACAAUAGCGGAUAACAGAGGGCCCAAUGGCGACAACAGUAAUCGCUGGAAGCACUUUAAGCAACCGCUCCCCCUGAUAUUACAGUCAUUCCAAGGCCUCACGAACAAGAACGAAGAUUUCUGGUUCCGCGCCGUAUCAUACUUUGAACCACGCAGCUACCCAGCAGGUAAAAUCCUUUACUCCCGUGGCGACAAACCCGAUGGGUUCUAUCUCUUGCAAUCUGGCAUCCUCCGAGCGGAAUAUGAUCUCGAUCAGGGCAAUUACCAUGAAAGCAUUGUGAGUGGCACGACGUGUGGAGAGUUGCCCUUCUUCUCCGAGACGGAGAGGACGAGUACGGUCAUGGCGGAGAUGGACUGUGUGGCUUGGUUGUUGACUGGCGAGAAGUGGCAACUUAUGCAGGAAAAGGAGGGAGAGGUUGCAAAGGAAAUGUUGAAGGUUGGGAUGAAGUUGAGUGCGGAGAGGAUGAAUGCUAUUACUUCGUAA